AUGAGGGUGGCAGGUGGUUUGUGCCGCAGUAAGAGCCUUCAGAUUGCAGAGCCCUGCACCGCUCACUCCCUUAUCCUGUUCGGUCAGGACCGUGUCAGGAUGGAGUCGCAUGUGGAGGACACUGAGAGCAGGCUACGGGAGCUGGCCCUGCGAUGGUUCACAGAGACCCAGGCUCCCCUCAUCCUGCACGAUGGGAACUUCCCCUCUUGGUUCCAGGGCUUCAUCACCAGAAAGGAUGCAGAAGCUCAGCUGUGGGAUAAGCCCCUGGGCUGUUUUCUCAUCCGACUCAGUGAGAAAGCCAUUGGGUACAUCCUCUCCUACAGGGGCCGUGAUCGAUGUCGCCACUUUGUCAUCAACCAGAAUAAGACUGGACAGUUCAUUGUUUCGGGUGACACAGAGAUUCAUGAUAACCUGACUGACCUGAUAGAGUACUACAGGUCCAGUCCCAUCGAACCCUUCGAUGAGUACCUGACAUCAUCAUGCUCUGAGUCCUCAUCCAGUGAGAUCUAUGAUGUGGUCCAGAUUCAGCUUCAAGAGAAGCCGAGGGUCAGCGUGGAAGCUGUGAGAAGCCUAUGGAACCAGCGGACUGAACAGGCCCCCGAACAACCACCUGCACUGCCGCCUAAGAGCGUGUACAGAAAACUCACCUCUCCUGCCUCUUUUGAUGCACCUUCUCCUCCACAGGCAGUACCUCUGGUCCCAAAGAGGGACACCCCUCUGACAAAUUCCAUGAGUGUCUCCACUCUGGAUGGGGCAAGUGAUCGACACAGCCAGGUCCUGUAUGCCAAACUGCAGAAAAACCGAGCCAAUCAGAAGACUCGGCCCCCACUGAUUAAAGAAAGCGUCAGUGCUGAUAAUGAUGGAGGACCACAUCCUAAGGGACCCAAGCCCAGUUCACCGGAGGUGCCAGGGGUUGUGUACUCAGAGCUGAGCCUGGAGAACUGCAGGAGCAAGUCUUUACCCCUUCUGGACAACUGUGCAGAGGAUAAUCACUCCUACAGGCUGAGCAGCCCGCCAAAGCUCUCACCCAACACAUCCAAAAAGGCCACCAGUCAAACAUACUCUCUCCUGGACCAGCAGGUAAACUUAAGACCACCUGCCAGCAGCAACAGCCUUGACGCACUGUGCAACAACCCUCUCUACCAUAUGGCUACAAGGCCCUGUGACACCUAUGAUGACCAGGUUCCUUGCGGUAUUGCCCCCCGCAAAACAGAACCCACCAGGGCCCCAACACCGAUGCAAGAUGACAGAACAUAUGCCGAGGUCCCCCAAGAUCCCCUGCCCUGCCACUUUCUUGACGACAAUACCUAUGAGCUGAUCCCAGAUCAGGGGUUCAAAACCACCCCCCUGGACAACAACACAUACGAGCAGAUCCCUGAUAAGGGCUUCAAAAAACCACCCCGAGUCUUUGCCGCUGAUGAGGACAAGACCUAUGAGACGCUCAAGGACAUGCAUCGCAGGCAUACUGAGUCCAGCUGGGGAAUAAAGGUAGGUCCGGCUAAAAUUUUCCCAAAGCACUCAAAAUGUCAUCCGGUCUACCAGUCAUCUUUUUCAGCCUGA